UAUAAAAAAUGAAAAAAAUGAUAAUGUUUUGAUGUUGAUUUUUUUGAAAUUUUCUUUCAUGUGAGAAGUACAUACUAGACUCUAAAAAUGACAUAUGUAGGUCUCUUAAAAUGUGAAAUAAAUAUUUUGUUAAUAGCAUGUGUUUCUCAUAUGCUUAAAGGGCACAUGUCACCUUUAGAGCCCAAUUUCCUAUAAAUCAAUUUGUAGGAAAUACUUGUCCCUUUUUUUUGUUGGCCAAUUACUAAGUGAACUUGAAUCAUGAGUUUGGUACUCGGGUAACUCGUUAGUUUACCAUUUUCUUAAUUUGAAGGGGAUUAGAAAAAAGUUAUUUAGAUUGCUUUAGCCUUCUAACUCGUGAUUUUAUUGUCAUAUAUGUAUUCAUAUAUAUUGAGAAAGUCCACCCCCUAUUGGAUGUACAGAAUUCUCAAAGGACAAGGUCUCCCAGGCACACUCCCACUUGAUUUGACCGGGUUGCCUUUCCUCAAACAAAUUGACCUCACCCGCAACUACCUUAACGGUUCAAUCCCUCCGGGAUGGGGUUCUUCCACGCAUCUGGAAGACAUUUCCCUUCUUGGAAACCGGUUAACGGGUUCUAUCCCCAAAGAGCUGGCAAACAUCACAACUCUCAAAAGCUUUACGGUGGAGUUCAAUCAACUUUCCGGAAAUCUUCCUCCAGAGCUUGGCCAUAUGCCCUCAAUAGAAAGAUUUCUUCUCAGCUCGAAUUAUUUAACUGGGGAGCUGCCUGAUUCAUUUGCAGGGUUGAUCACAUUGAACGACUUUCGGAUCAGUGACAAUCAAUUUUCUGGAACGAUACCCAAUUAUAUUCAAAACUGGACAAACCUUACAAAAUUAUUUAUUCAGGCAAGUGGUUUGAGCGGGCCAAUUCCUUCUGGCAUUGCUCAUUUGGAAAAGCUAUCCGACUUGAGAAUCAGUGACUUGAUUGGAUCUGGAGAAACUUUUCCACGACUUGAUAAUCUGACUCAGUUGAAAACAUUAACAUUGAGGAGUUGCAAUAUUACUGGACAGCUUCCCAAAUAUCUCGGGAAUAGGACAAAGUUGCAAAACUUAGAUCUCAGCUUUAACAAACUCAGUGGAGAAAUUCCAAGCAGCUUUGCUAGUCUACAAAAGGCAGAUUACAUAUACUUAACCGGCAACUUGCUAACUGGAGCAGUGCCUGGUUGGAUGCUGAGUGUAGAUAACAGCAUCAGCAUUGAUCUUUCAUAUAACAAAUUUACGGAUGGAGAACCAAGUUGUCAAAAUAAUAGUGUGAACUUGUUUUCAAGCUCUUUGACUGGAAAUAACUCUGGCCUGGUUUCAUGUUUGAGAAGCUCUCCUUGUCGUGAUCAAAAAUUAUACAAACUUCAUAUAAAUUGUGGCGGAGCAGUAACCAAUGAGAAGACUACAUAUGAAGCUGAUACAGAACCAGGUGGAUCUUCAAAGUUCCACAAGAGUCCACAAAACUGGGGAUUUAGCAGCACUGGUGACUUCAUGGAUAACGGUCCAAAUGACAAUUAUAUUGUGCAACGUUCAUCUAGUCUCUCUGAACUUUACAAGGAAGCACGCAUUUCUCCUCUCUCUCUUACUUAUUAUGCUUUUUGUUUGGGAAAUGGAAAUUACACAGUAAACCUCCAUUUUGCGGAGAUAGUGUUCACCGAUGAUAAAAACUAUAGCAACUUGGGAAGGCGUAUAUUUGAUAUUUACAUUCAGGGAGAGCGAGUAUCGAAGGAUUUCAACAUUGUAGAGGAGGCUGGUGGAGUGGGAAAGGCAGUAAUAAAAAAUUUUACUGCUGUCGUGACUAAUGAUACCUUAGAGAUCCGUUUCUACUGGGCUGGGAAGGGGACAACUGAUAUCCCUGUCAAAGGAGUCUAUGGUCCUCUUAUUUCAGCUAUUUCAGUGGAUCCUGACUUUAUACCACCAUCAACUGGUAUAUCUCUAGGUGCAAAGGUCGGGAUUGUUGCUGCUGGUGCUUUUGUUAUAUUUUUGGUUCUAGGUAUCCUCUGGUGGAAAUGUUAUCUAGGACAGAAAAAUAAGAUGGAACAAGAUUUAAAGGGUUUGAACUUGCAAACUGGUACAUUCACCUUAAGGCAAAUCAAAGCUGCAACAAACAACUUUGAUGCUGCAAAUAAAAUUGGGGAAGGUGGUUUUGGUUCUGUUUAUAAGGGCCUUUUGUUAGAUGGCACUAUAAUUGCAGUCAAACAACUUUCGUCCAAAUCAAAGCAAGGGAAUCGUGAGUUUGUGAAUGAGAUAGGCAUGAUUUCUGCUUUGCAACACCCUAAUCUUGUUAAGCUCUAUGGAUGCUGUAUUGAAGGAAAUCAAUUGUUGCUAGUAUACGAGUACAUGGAAAAUAAUAGUCUCGCUCGUGCUUUGUUUGGGCCAGAAGAACAUCAGUUGAAAUUGGAUUGGCCAACAAGACAAAAGAUUUGUAUUGGUAUAGCAAGAGGUUUGGCCUAUCUUCAUGAGGAAUCAAGAUUGAAGAUUGUUCAUAGAGACAUCAAGGCUACUAAUGUCUUGCUUGAUAAAAACCUCAACUCUAAGAUAUCUGACUUUGGUUUGGCCAAGCUUGAUGAAGAAGAUAAUACCCACAUAAGCACCCGAAUUGCUGGAACUUAUGGAUAUAUGGCACCUGAAUAUGCAAUGCGGGGUCAUUUAACCGACAAAGCAGACGUUUAUAGUUUUGGAGUUGUUGCAUUAGAAAUUGUAAGCGGGAGGGUCAACACUAGUUACCGAGCAAAGGUGGAAUCUUUCAAUCUUCUUGAUUGGGCACUGCUUUUAAAAGAGAAAGAUAGUCUAAUGGAAUUGGUUGAUCCAAGGUUGGGCUCUAACUACAAGAAAGAAGAGGUUAUGGUGAUGAUCAAUGUGGGUCUCUUAUGCACUAAUGCUUCUGCAGCUGUUAGGCCUACCAUGUCUUCAGUGGUGAGCAUGCUUGAGGGCAACACUGUUGUUCCAGGGUUGGUAUCAGAUCCAAGUGUCUCAAAUAAUGAAAUGAAAGAGGCAAUGUGGGAGCAUUUUCAACAAACUAAAGAACAGAAUAUGAGUGACAGCCAGAAAGAGAGUGUUUCUUCUUCAUUGAUACAGAGUACAUCAACGGGCCCAUGGACUGCUUCUUCUACAUCUGGUGUUGAUCUAUAUCCACUCAAUUUAUAUUCUGAUUACUUAGAGAAAAGAGCUAAUUAGAGAAGUUGAAGGAGCUCGAUAUCGCAAUUUCGUCAUUAGUAUAAACCUUAAUGUCGCAAUUGUUUGUUGAAUAUUUUUCAUUUUCAUUUUACAAGUUUUCUCGGAUUAUGACUGUGAAAGAAAAGGCAUGAUUACAUAUGUAAGAUCCAAGCCUAGACAUUAGGUAAACCUGGUCUAUAUGGAUCAAACUCAUUAAUGUGCUAUUAUUAUUAGUAUGGGAUAUUAUUUUAAUCUUU